CUACAGCCUUGCCUAAUAUUGCUCAAAAAAUACACUAGAUUCACGCUUAAGAAAAUUUUUUUAUAAGCGCCGUCUACUAUAAUAUCAAUGGUAUUAUUAAGCAUCUUAUUUAUAGUAGAUGGCGUUUGUCAAAAAAUAUCCGUGAAACUAGUGUACAUGUAUUGCUUUAACACUACAUGAUGCAACAUUUGCUGUUUGUAAAUAAGUUAAGCUACAAGUUAACGAUCCAAUUCCUAAUGAAACAUAACUAGCAGUGAUUAUUUAUAUUUAGUAUUUUUGUAUUAGUGCAAACAUGAAUACAGUUAAUCCAUUAAAGCGACCAUUAACAGUACCAAGUGAUCCUUUAAAAAUGUUGCUUUGCAAAAAUUGUAGACGAGAUGAUGUUGUUUUGAACCUAAAAACCUGUGGAUGCCUUUUAUGUGACUCUUGUGACGGUGAUUCUCAGAAUAUAUGUACCUCUUGUCGAUCUAAAGUCGACCCAAAGAUAAAGUUGUCAUUUACAAAGAAUUUGAAAUGCAAGUUUUAUGAAAUAAACAAGUGCUUCAAUAUUGCCGAAUACAAGUGUAAAUGUAUUCAAAACUUUGUCUGUAACUCAUGCCUCAAUUGCGUGCAUGAAAAAAGAAUACGUGAAUGCUGUGUUCCUGAAAUUUUGAGACCCAAAGUUAUCAGUGACCAUGAACCAUGUGGAAUGUGCCAUGAAUUUAUCGCUGAGUUCAAGAUGGUUUCGGAACCAUUUACAAAAGUCUGCUUCAAUUGCAGAACAAAUAGAAACAUUAUAUGUAUUUCAUGUGAAAAAAAUGCUGAUACAGAAUCAGAAUGGAAUCAGUUGUAUGAAGAUUUUGGACAAUCUCUUCAAAUGGCUUCCGAUAAAAUUAAACAACUUAAAGAAUCAUUUGAAUCAAGCAGUACAGUUCGUGAACAGAUUAAAAGAUGCAAAGAUUUAAUAUCUGAAUUUCAGAAAUGUUGGGACGAAUUCACUGAACUAUAUGACAGAAACGUUGUAACAACCAAACAGCAACUCGGUAGUUUCAAUAAGAUUUCAAACAUUUUGAAGCCUGAUGGCAGAUUUAAAACUAUUGUUGAUCAACUCAAGAAUGAAAAAUUGACCUUACAUGGAGAACAAGGAAAAGAUCAAAUAAUUAAUUUUUUGAAUUAUUAUCGUGAAAAAAUUCGAUCCUGUAACUGAACAAAUAAAGAAAUUGCUUUCCUCAUGCAACUCAGCGAAAUUGGGUUUAAAUGUUAACAGUGUAGGAGUUAGCGACAAUGGAGUCGAGCCGUUUUUAUUAUAUUUUGGUCGUGAAACAAUCUGCAGUAAAUAAGCGUAAUAAAAUACCAAAAAUUAUUCCGAAACAUGAAGCUAAAUGGGAGCGCAAAGAAAGUUUUGCUGCGAACGACAUUGUGAUUAUAUUGGAUGCUGAUGCGACUGACAUUCCCAAAUACAAGAAGGCCAAAAUUUUGACAGUUCUGACAGAAGAGGACAGUUCUGAGGUCUCUCCUUGACUUUGGCUUUCAAACUACAGUCCCAAAUAGCUCAAUUGGUGAAAUUAAUGGAAUCAAUAUUAAUGGGAAAUCAACGUUUUCAUUGCCCAACUCACUGGAAGUGUUAAUUUAAAUUGUGACUUUGAUAAAGCAGAUAAAAUACCUAAGGCUCAGAACUUAUAUUAGAGGUAUUCCGAUAUAUCAGUAUACCUGAUAAAAGCUGGAAAGCCAUAAGAGUAUAACAGACAGUUUCUGUCAUCUGACACAAUUGCUUUGCUUGAUAUCUGAAAAAAAGUAUUUAUUGAAAGAAAUAUAUUUUUU